AUGGCAGAAAGAUUUAGUGUGCAACAGGCCCUUGAUCUGUUCUUCCAAGAUGAGGAGGAUAGUGAUUUGGAGGAUGUGUCAGAGCAGGAAGACAACGUGGAAGAAAACUCUGAUUGCAGCCCCUCUGAUGAAGAAGACUCUGAUGGAGAGGAGCAGGCAGCAAGGCAGACGUUUAUGUCGAAAAACAGUGCUAUCUCAAGCAUCCCGAGCCUCUGCCUCCUCAUCCUCAUCCUCAUCCUCUCUGCUGGACACCAGGCUCCCGGGAUCCGCCACACCAUGAAAGGUCUGAAGACUACCACAACAACCUAUGUCCUCACGCUGCUACUGCUGGCCUCGUUCAUCUCCCAGUCGUGGAGCGCACCGAAGGGCUCUUUCCAGAGGAGGAACUGGACCCCGCAGGCGAUGCUGUACCUCAAGGGCACUCAGGGCCGAAGGUUCAUCUCAGAGGACCGAAAAGAAGGAGAUGUCUAUGACACGUUACACCUAGAGACCCGCAGUCAGAACACAGAGAAGCUGAGCGUGGACCAGGCCGCCACCGUCCUGCUCCACUUCCUGCAGCAGGCCAAAGAGGGAGCCGAUGAAAACCCAGAUGAGGUGUAUUUCCAGGAGCUGCCGGUGUGGAAGAGAGAAUACUUCUGA